AUGGCUCGUUCCCGGGGCAAGAGUCCCAGGCCGCCGGUCAAGGCUGAACAGCCUCCUGCUGCCGUGGCUAGCAAGCCCAAGAAGAGCAACACCAACGGCAAGGCCAAGAACUCAACCUCGUACAAGUCGGAUGGUGUUGAGGACAACGAUGUCUUCCUCCUCCCCGUCUCCGACUACUGGAUUGUCCUCGGCCUGAUGGUCGUGGCCACCAUUGUCCGUGUCUACAGGAUCUACCAGCCCACUAGUGUUGUCUUUGAUGAGGUCCACUUCGGCGGCUUUGCUACCAAGUACAUCAAGGGCAAGUUCUUCAUGGAUGUCCACCCUCCCCUGGCCAAGAUGCUCAUCGCCCUCACCGGCUGGCUCGCUGGCUUCGACGGAAGCUUCGAUUUCAAGGAGAUUGGCAAGGACUACAUUGAGCCCGGCGUGCCAUAUGUCGCCAUGCGCAUGUUCCCCGCCAUCUGCGGUAUCCUUCUGAUUCCCUGCAUGUUCCUGACUCUCAAGGCUGUUGGCUGCCGUACCAUGACUGCUGCCAUGGGUUCCGGUCUCAUUAUCUUUGAGAACGGUCUUCUGACCCAGGCCCGUCUGAUCCUCCUCGAUUCGCCUCUUGUUGCUGCCACCGCUUUCACUGUUCUGUCCUUCACGUGCUUCACCAACCAGCACGAGCUUGGUCCUGAUAAGGCCUUCCAACUCAGCUGGUGGUUCUGGCUCAUCAACACUGGUCUUGGUCUGGGCCUUACCGCCAGCAUCAAGUGGGUUGGCUUGUUCACCAUCGCUUGGGUUGGCGCCCUUACUCUGGUCCAGCUCUGGGUUCUGCUCGGCGACACCAAGAACGUUACCAUGCGUCUUUGGACCAAGCAUUUCAUGGCCCGUGUCUUUUCCCUGAUUGUCGUCCCUCUGACCUUCUACAUGGCCAUGUUCGCCAUUCACUUCGUUGCCCUCAAGAACCCUGGUGAUGGUGAUGGUUUCAUGAGCUCCGAGUUCCAGGCUACCCUCAACAACAAGCGAAUGAAGGAUGUCCCCGCCGAUGUCAUCAUGGGCAGCCGUGUCACCCUGCGUCAUGUCAACACCCAGGGUGGCUACCUUCACUCUCACCCUCUCAUGUACCCCACCGGCAGCAAGCAGCAGCAGAUCACUCUGUAUCCUCACAAGGACGACAACAACAUCUGGCUCCUGGAGAACCAGACUCAGCCCCUCGGUGUCGAUGGCCAACCUAUCAACGGUACUUAUGCCUGGGACGCUCUUCCCGAGCCCCAGUACAUCAAGGACGGUGCUGUUCUCCGACUCUACCAUCGCCCUACCCACCGCCGCCUGCACUCCCACGAUGUCCGUCCCCCGAUCACCGAGGCCGACUGGCAGAACGAGGUCUCGGCCUAUGGCUAUGAAGGUUUCGAUGGUGAUGCCAACGAUUUCUUCCGUGUCGAGAUUGUCAAGAAGAAGACCAAGGGUGCUGUCGCCAAGACCCGCCUCCGAACCAUUGAGACCAAGUUCCGUCUCGUCCAUGUCAUGACUGGUUGUGUUCUCUUCUCUCACAAGGUCAAGCUCCCAGAUUGGGCUUCCGAGCAGCAGGAAGUGACUUGCGCUCGUGGCGGUACUCUCCCCAACAGCUUGUGGUACAUCGAGAGCAACGCUCAUCCCCAGCUGGAGGGCGAUGUUGAGAAGGUCAACUACCGACGACCUGGCUUCUUUGGCAAGUUCUGGGAGCUUCACAAGGUCAUGUGGAGGACCAACGCUGGCCUCACUGACUCUCACGCCUGGGACUCCCGCCCUGAGUCUUGGCCCAUCCUUCGCCGAGGUAUCAACUUUUGGGGCCGCCAGCACACUCAGGUCUACCUCCUCGGAAACCCCAUCAUCUGGUGGUCUUCCAGCGUUGCCAUUGCCAUCUGGGUCGUCUUCAAGGGCAUUGCUGUUCUCCGAUGGCAGCGCAGCUGCAACGACUACUCGAGCGCCACCUUCAAGCGAUUCGACUACGAGAUUGGCACUUCGGUCCUCGGCUGGGCUCUGCACUACUUCCCUUUCUACCUGAUGAAGCGUCAACUGUUCCUUCACCACUACUUCCCUGCUCUCUACUUUGCCAUCAUUGCCCUCUGCCAGGUCUUUGACUUCAUCACUGCUCGCGUUCCCGGCAUUGGUGUCCGUGAGAGCAACGCCAUCAACCGCAUCGCCACCGUUGCUUUCCUUGUCCUCUCCGCUGCUGUCUUCUCCUUGUACGCUCCUCUGGCCUAUGGUAGUCCCUGGACCAAGGCUGAGUGCAAGCGCGUGAAGCUCUUCAAGACCUGGGACUUUGACUGCAACACCUUCUAUGAUAGCUACGACAAGUACAGCCAGGUUCCCGCUGUCAGCUCCUCCGUGGUUCCCACCACGCAGGCUACUAAGAAGGUUGACCCCGUCAAGCAAGAGGCUCCUGUCGUUGAAAAGCAGGAGCAGGCUGUCAUCUCUGGAGCUCCUGAGCCCGCGGUUGAGCACCGUGUGGUUGCCAAGGAGGAGAAGGUUGAGUACCGUGACCAAGACGGCAACCUCCUUGACCCUGAGCAGGUCAAGGCUCUGGAGGGCAAGGUUGAGUUCAAGACCAAGUACGAGACCAAGAUCCGAGUUGUUGAUGAGAACGGUCAGGAGCUUCAAGAGCCUGAGGGCGGCUGGCCUGCCGACAUUGACGCUGGUGUCGCCCCUCCUCACCCUGAUGUUGAGGGUGUGAACAGCGAGACUCUCAAGGGCAAGGAGAAGGUCGAGGAGGUUGUGGCUGCUCCUGCUCCUGAGGAUGUUGCUGCUAGCAAGGAUGGUGAGAAGGAGGCCGAGGAGGCCAAGGCCAAGCCUGCCAGCGAGAACCAGGACGCCACCGUCAAGGAUGAGCUGUAA